AUGGCUAAUAAUCAAUUAGAUAUUAAUUCAUUACCUAUUUAUAAAUUAUUUUUUGAUGAUAUUGAAGAAAUAUUUCUUAAUACAGUAUCAUUUCGUGUUCUUAAUAUAUUAUUUUUAAUAACAUGUUUAUUUACUAUUGGAAUAUUAGUUCUUCUUUUUUAUCGAUCACAAGAACUUUUUUUAACUAGUCUUAUUCCAUUUAUAUAUACGUUAAUAUUCUAUGAUUUUAUUCAAUUAUUAUCGUUAGUAUUAUUAAAAUAUAAUGCAACUGAAUAUUUUCUUAAUCAAUUAUGUCGUUGGCCAUAUUAUUUAAAAUCUUCAUCGGAUGCUGGUCAAUGUUUAACAAUAAUAUUUAUAUUUGCUUUAAGUCGUUAUCAUAUACGAUAUUUUAUAACACAUAAUAAUUUAUCUAAUACAAGUCAUAUUCAUUCUCGUGCAUUAGUAUUUGUUUGUUUAUUAUUUAUUGUUUAUGAUAAUAAUUGGAUAACACAUUUAAAAGUUGAAAAAGUACAUUUAAUAACAUUAAAUGAAACAAAAUAUGAAAUUAAUGUUCAAGAAUUACCUAUAUCAUUAUAUGAUAUAACAGAAAUACAAAUGCAUUCUCAUCAACGUUUUAUAACUGAUCUUAAUAAAUAUUCACAAGGUUAUGAAAAAAAUAUAAUUAUACAAAAUCAACAAAAAAUAACUAAAGAUAAAUUUAUACAUAAUAAUAAAGAUGGUUCAAUACACGCAAUAAUUAUAAAAUUUCCUUCGGAUUAUUUUCUUAAUACAAUAAAAAAUCGUACAAAAAGAAUAUUAAAAGAUCUUGAAGAACAAGAACAACAAGAUAUAUUAAAUCAAACAAUAGAUGAAAAUGAAUAUAAUAAUUCAUAUCGUAUUAAUCGUUGUACAUAUGGACAAACAAAUUUUUUUUUAACAAACUUUCUUUCAUUAAUUCAUUCAAUAUGUUAUUUUAUAUUAAUAUUAUAUUAUUUAAUAAUUAUUUAUGCAUAUAAAAUAACAGAUACAUCAAUUAAUUAUCAUAAACAAUUUUAUGAAAAAUCAUUUAAAUUUCGAAAAAAAAAAUCAAUCGAACGUCAUAAACAAUUUAUAUUAUUAACGCAUUUAAAACAUUUUUUAUAUAUUAUUAUUUAUUUACAUACAUUGUUUACAUUAAUUCGUCUUAUUUAUGUAUGUUCAUUAACAAUAAUAUUAUGUUUUGUUGAAACACCAUUUAAAUGGUUACCAAUAAAAAUAUUCUUUUAUUGUCUUUUUUUAAUAAGUUAUUUUUCCAUUCCAUUACGUAUGAGUUUAUUAUUUAUUUUUUGUUUUUUAACACAAUUUUCAAAAUAUAUACGAUCAAUAAUAUUUUAUUUAUUUCAUACUAAUUUACGUUUUUCAUGGAAAUUAGAAAAACCAACAAUAUGUUUUCGAUUACGAUUUACACCAUAUAAUAUUAAUUCAAAUCAAAAUGAACAAAGAAUUAAUUCAUUAGUACUUGAUUUAUCAUCAUCAAUGAUUGAAGAUCAAUCAACUAUAAUACCACAAGAUUCAAUUGUUAUGUAUAAUGAAAGUAGUGGUAGUUAUAAUGGUGUAACUACAACUAUUCUAACAUCACCAAAUAUAUUUGUCAACGAAACAACAUCACCUGUAUGUGCUAUGACUAAACUGUGA